UUCCCCAACAUAAGCCUCUUAUCAUCUCUUAUCACCUAUCACCGAUCGAAAACAGCAGUUCGCUUUGCAAAUGGGAUGACCAGCAAAUUUUCAGGGAACCUUGGCUGAACGAGUUCGUGCAGCUGGUGCAGGAAUACCGGCUUUCUACACACCUACAGGCUAUGGAACGCUGAUCCAGGAGGGUGGUGCACCUAUCAAAUACAGCAAAAGCCAGAAGGGGAAGGUCGAGAUUGAAAGCAAGCCCAAGGAGACUCGAGAAUUCAAUGGCUAUAAUUACGUAAUGGAGGAAGCCAUCUGGGGAGAUUAUGCUUUGAUAAAAGCCUGGAGAGCAGACAAGCUUGGAAACAUCCAAUUUAGGCUGACAGCUGGAAAUUUCAAUAAUGCUAUGUGUAAGGCUAGUAAAUGUACCAUCGUUGAAGUCGAAGAGAUCGUCGAACCUGGCACCAUCGACCCUAUGGAUGUUCAUAUCCCAUCCAUAUACUGUGACCGUCUCGUGUUAGGAAAAAGUUACAAGAAACCCAUUGAGCGACCCAUGUUUGCUUCGGAAGGACCAGUAAAGCCAUCUACAUCGGCAGCUGGCCGAAGUCGCGAAAUAAUCGCUGCUCGAGCAGCGAUGGAAUUUCAGGAUGGCAUGUAUGGUGAGAAUUUUUCUUUUGGAAUUGUUGUCUAA